CUACAAAAAAUAUUUGAUGUGCUUCCUUACCUGAGCUGUGUUACCUGUACAAUGAUUUUACAUAUACACAUAAUACAAUAAUUUUAGUUGCUACUUGUUUUUACAGUUUCUGGUUUGGACCAUGCAUGUUUGUCUGUCAAGUAGUCCUCGACUCUGUAAUAAGCCUUCACCAUUAAUGACUUUUUAACGCGCUUUUUAUUAGGUCGACCUGUAUGUAAAUAACUAUGUAAUGGAAUCUAAGGUAACUAAUUUAACCAUCUUCCGUCAUGAAAAUUGGCAGCUGUAUGUAGUUCUGAUGACAAUACAAUAAUAUGGUACUGUCGAACUGAUCUGAUGAUGGAGCCGGAAGAUAUGAACUGGAACUUCAUGAUGGAACAUCGUAUCAUAGCUGUGUUUAGAUUUGUUAGAAAAGUCUUGUAAUGAACUUUGACCACGAUUAGGUUUCAAGGUCUGAUGAUGAAGCCGGAAGAUAGGCACUGGCAUUCCAUGAUGGAAUAUCGUAUAAUAAGCGUGUUUUUCUAGUGUUUUUUAAACUAUUAAUUUAUUUAAGUUAUUCUUAAGAGCUGGCAAGGGUAAUAUUAAAGCAUCGUCAGGUAACUUGUUAUAAAAAAUCGGGCAAGUGCGAGUCGGAAUCGCACAGAAAGGGUUCCGUACCAUUAUCUAUAAAAACGGUCACCCAUCCAAGUACUGACCCCGCCUGACGUUGCUUAACUUCGGUGAUUGUAUGAAAACCUCGAGAUUGGAAAGAAAUAUUUAUUUUAUUCUGUUUUUAGUAUUUGUUGUUAUAGCGGCAACAGAAGUACAUAAUCUGUAGAAAUUUCAACUGGCUAACUAUCACAGUUCAUGAGAUACAGCCUGGUGACAGACGGACGGACGGACGGACAGAGGAGUCUUAGUAACAGGGUCCCGUUUGACCCUUUGGGUACGGAACCCUAAAAAUGAAUGCAUUACCCAACGAAUUACUUUUGUACUUUGCGGACACGAAACUUUCUGAUAGAAAGCUUAUUUUUAUUUCUAGUGUUAUAUUUAUGGACAUCUGAAUUCUUAGUGAAGGAGUCUAGAUUCUUAACAACAUAAAUAUAGUAUUAUAUGUAUUAAGAAGCUACAGUUAACAUAUUAAUUUCUUUGAAAAGUUCUCUGAAUGAUUCACGUGCUCUUAAGUUAUAUAUAGAACGAAUGGCUCUCUUUUGUAAGACAAAUAUAGUCUGUAUGUCAGCUGCUUUGCCCCAAACCAGAAUACGAUAUGACAUUACACUAUGAAAAUAACUAUAAUAUACAAGGCGAGCUGUCUCAACAUUGGUCAAUUGCCUGAUUCUCCUAACAGCGUAAGCGGCCGAACUUAAUCUGUUAGCUAGCGUUCUUAUAUGAGGACUCCAUUGUAGAUUUUUGUCCAAUGUUAAACCAAGAUACAGUGCUCGCUGUGCAGUGCAGUGGUUCAAUAGAUAUAAACACUUCAUUGACAUUCUAACAGGAACAGAGUUAACUGACCAUUUGCAGACCCUAAGGCCUAUCGCUAACAUUGAUAAUUGAAGUUUCGUUAUCUGCCUCUCUAUCGCUCUUGCUUAUUGGAGGGAUAAAGGGGCAUAAUCGAACAAACGAAUGAAGUAAUUUGCGGUUACAGCCCCUUACCUCGUUGCAAUAAGGUUAAAUAUGAUCAGUUAACUGUGUCGACGAUAUGGUACUACCUACGCACGCCAUUGUCUUGAUAAUAACAUACUCAAAACAUUUGUAACCAUUGUUUGUAUCGUAGCGUAUAGUCUAUUGUGUGAAAAUAAAGAGCGUAAUAAAAUAACAAGCAGUUUUUAUAUAAUACUAACAGUACUCACACAAUCUGAGUCAGUCUUACUAACCUCAUCAACCCAAUUAUCCAUUCAAGAAUGGACCUAACUUAGUCCAUCCAGGUACCUCUCAUUAAAUCAAUUAAUUCUAACACUGUGCUACUGUGAACACACUGAUACUGCAGUCUCCAGAUACAAAAUUAAUGAACAAUAAACCAAAAUGAAAAGGAGAAGAAAUCUGUACGUGUUUACUGCGUGUGUGCUCGUGUUUCUGUACUACUUCUGUGGUGUAAGCGACUAUGUGUUCUCAAGGGACUUUGACAGUGAAUUUGACUACCCACUCAACACGGAUAUUCGACCGAUUGUUGUCGAUAUAUUAGCUGGUAAUAAACCUACUGUAACUCCCAUAAAUAUAUACCCAUAUAGGUUUCUUAGUCACUCUGCGAAAUGUAAUGCUGUGGAGAAACUUGACUUGUUUAUAUUAGUCAAAUCUGCUAUUAAUCAUUUUCAACACAGGAAAGCUAUAAGACAGACUUUUGGCCAAGAGAAUUAUCUACCAGGGCGCAUCGUCAAAAUCCUCUUCUUUCUUGGAAUAAAUGACAUGAAAUCUCAAACGCAAAGGAUGGUAGAAAAAGAAAUAGACGAAUAUGAGGAUAUAAUACAGAUAGAUUUUCAUGAUAAUUACUAUAACAAUACUGUUAAGACUAUGAUGUCUUUUCGCUGGGCGUAUGAACAUUGCUCUACGGCUGAUUAUUAUUUAUUCACCGAUGAUGAUAUGUAUAUAUCAGUUAGCAAUCUUUUGAACUAUGUGUCAGAGCAACCUUCAACAGGAUUGAGCACGAGUUUCUAUGAAACAGAAAGAGACAGGCUGCUUUUCGGUGGUUACGUCUUCAAAUCAGCACCGCAUAGAUAUAUUACUAGUAAAUGGAGAGUAUCUAUAGAUGAAUAUCCAUGGAAUCGAUGGCCUCCUUAUGUUACAGCGGGCGCCUAUGUCAUAUCUAAUAAGGCUUUCAAGAUAAUGUACAUAGGGAGUUUAUAUGUCAAACAUUUCAGAUUUGAUGAUAUAUAUUUGGGUAUAGUCGCGAAAAAGGUUGGCAUCGAGCCGACGCAUUGUCCACAUUUUUAUUUUUACAAGAAGAAAUAUAGUAAAGAGGACUAUAGUGAAGUGAUAGCCUCUCAUGGAUACAGUGAUCAUAGUGAGUUGGUGAGGGUGUGGAAUGAGCAGAAUAGGAUUAUAUGAUGGUUGUUUGAUUGUGAUGCAGCGUGACAUUGGUGAAUUUCUUGUGAUAGGAAUUAAAGAAGCAAUGCUCGUAGUCUUAAUCAGGUAUAGUACGAUUUAUCGACCACAUACGUGUCAAUUUAAUUUCAACCUUAGCAAUCCGAUUUAAGGUUCAAAUUAGAUUGGUCUUUAGGGAAAUGAGGCUUCUCUCUUAAAUAUAGUUAUGGCGUUUUUUACUUUCUAAGAAAAAACAUCAGUCACUAUUAGUUAAAUAUUUUAUCUCAGUGAUGAAUGGGAAAAAGGGGACUAGAGUUAAGUAGAAGCUAAGUUAGCAGCGUUUUAAUAGCCCAGACUGUGAAAGUGCUAUUUAAGUUUGACGUUUAAAUAAUACGUGCACAGUCUGGGCUAUCAAAAUCGGUGCCAACUUUGUUUGGUCUAACUCUAUGUUGUUUACUAUAUCCAUACAAAUAAGAAAUCCAAAAUUUGCCACUGAAACCUGAACCUAUAGUACAGAGAAUACAGUUGAUUAUACUUUGUUUGAAAAUUGAACGAAACAAAUCAAAUGCAACUCUGUUCCAAUUGAAUAUGAUUUAAAAUUCAUCGAAGUCAAUAAGUCCUGUAUGUAGGACCUUGGGCCUUUCGAGAGUAUGAUGAAAUUAAUUCAGUAUUCAUUUAUUCCUUGCGUCCAUUGUACAUUCAUUACCUUAUCGCCGCCACGUUAAUGAAAUAAUAAGUGUCAUCAAUGCCAAGCCACAAAUUUCACAUUAACAACCCGCAUAAUAUAUCAGCGGUGGCAGUUUGGUUCCAUUCUUAUCACUUGUCACUAUGCCCAUCACUUUCGCGCUUACUAACUAGUUAGACAGUGACAGGCAUGGUGACAAAUGAUAAAGAGCCGACCAUCUUAGCCCUACUGCAUA